AAUAUUUUUGUGUUAUUUUUCAGAAGUUCUGAAUGUGAUAUAGACGUGUAGGAAAAGUCCAGAUUCUGAAAUAAUAGGUACCACUAAUGGUCACAGUUUGUGGUUCUGAAAACUCUGAUACCAGAGACAGAACUAAAUGACCAGGAAUCCAUACAUCAUUAAGUUACAAUGAUGAAUGUUUCUAUCGUAAAACGAAUCUAAAAUCAUGGCAUCUCUUUCUGAAGAAGAGGAGAAUUAUGUCCGAUUAGCAUUGUUAUUGAAAGGAGUGACACCUAGAGCAGUCCGUACUUAUUUUGACAGAGAAUUUCCACCAGCGUCUCUACCCUCAACACUGAGUAGAAGCUACAACAAACUUACUGACUUAAAAGUAAAGAGAAUCAUAAAUCAGGCUCAGUGGAAUCUUUUGAUUCCAAGAAAUGGGGUUCCGGAUUCCAAAACAUUUAAUGUAACGUUGAUGAUCUGUUUAAUCAGAAACUUGACAUCUAUCAAUCCUCCAAUCAAUGGAUUUGACAGUCUACCACUGCCAGGGGAGAUAACUGCAGAAUCUGAUCUAGCCAGGAUAAAAUAUUACAGGAAUAAAAUAGCUCAUCAUGAUAGUAAUACAAUAGACACUACUUAUUUCAAUACAGCAUGGAGAGAUAUAUCAGAGGCUGUAAGUCGAUUGGGAGGUCAAACAAUGUAUCAAGAGUGUCAAGGGUUAAAGGUGAAAAUCUUGGACCAGUCUAAUCAGGAAAUUAUGUUGGAAAUCAAACAAUCACUGGAAGAGAUGAAAGAACUGAAACUUACAGUGGAUAAUUUGGGAAUGGAACAUUCUAGAGUGACAGACAAUCUUAGAGAGUUACAGACUUCCCACACUACUUUACAGACUUCCCACAAUACUUUACAAACAGAACACUCAAAAGUUAUGGAAAAUUUGAAAGACUCAAUACCAUGGAACAUCAAAGAGCUGAUAAAAAAACAAAUAGAAGACUGGGAAAAGAAAGAUAAGAUGUUCGUGUCUACAAGAGCCAGUGAUUAUGUCAUGGAACAGUUACAGGACAACAGUUGUUUGACAUUAACCGCCCCAUCAGGAGUUGGAAAAUCAUUUAUUGCAAGACACACAGCACUUCUUUUAAAGAAGGAAGGAUACAAUAUAAUACCAGUGUACUCACCAACAGACAUUAGAGAUUAUUAUCAGCCUGGUAAACAGACCGUCUUCAUUGUAGAUGAUAUUUGUGGAAAUUUCACUGCCAACCAACAACAGAUUGAGAACUGGAAACAACUGUUACCUGUGAUUAAAACAAUAAUGGCAGACACAUAUUGUAAGAUUAUUGUAUCUUGUAGAUUACAAGUUUAUAAAGAUGAUAAGUUUAAUAUAUUAUCACCUUUUAAAUUCUGUGAAUGUAAUUUAAUAUCAGAUAAGUUAUGUCUUACAUCUGUAGAGAAAACAAAUAUAGCAAAAAUUUAUAUUGGCAGAAGCAUGACAGAUAUUUAUGAUUUAUCUUCUAAAUGUGAUUUUUUCCCACUCUUAUGUUCUUUAUAUCACGAAAAAGAAGAUGUAGAUGUCAAAGAAUAUUUCAAAAAUCCUUUUGAUGUCUAUAAAAGUGAGCUAGACAGGUUAAGUGAGCAUGGUGAUGAAGGAAACUAUAAAAUAUGUAGUCUUGCUUUAUGUGUUCUCUUUAAUAAUCAGCUAAAUGAAACAUGGUUCCAGGGUAAAAUGACAGAUGAACAACGACAGAUCAUACAAGACACAUGUGAGGCUUGUGAGUUCAACAGUAUACCAAAGGCAAAACUAAAAAAAGCACUUGAAACUCUAGAUGGAACAUUUAUAUGUAAACAGAAUGGUAUUUAUAAAACUCUACAUGAUAAACUGUUUGACUUUCUUGCUCAUUACUUUGGUCAGAAAAUGAUAGAAUGUUUAAUACACCAUGGUGAUAGUGAUUUAGUACAUGAACGUUUUAUCUGGCAGAAGUCACCAGAUGACAAGAACAGUAAUAUAGACUUCAUUAUAGAAAUACCAGAUGAUUAUUUAGAAUCAUAUUUAGAAAGGUUUAUAAAGGACUGGUCAGCAAGAAAGGUGUCAGCUGUAUUAAGUAACAAUAAUAUGAAAGUAUCAUCAUUCAGACAAAAGUUAAUACAAUACUUACAACAACUAGAUAAACCACAACAAGUAAUAUUAACCAGUACCAAGGAUACAGUGAGACCUAAAGAGGAGUAUGGAUCAGGUAAUACUCCACUGAUAUGUACUUGUUAUGAUGGUUAUACUGAUAUAGUACAGUGGUUGUUACAUAAUGAUGUGAAUGUGGAUCAGUGUAGAGAUGAUGGGGUUACUGGACUGUACAUGGCAAGUCAGCAAGGACAUACUGACAUAGUAAAGUUACUGUUAGAGAAGGAUCCUAAUGUUGAUCUAUGUAACAAGGAUAGCUGUAGUCCUCUGUACAUGACAAGUCAGCAAGGACAUACUGAUAUAGUAAAGUUACUGUUAGAGAAGAAUCCUAAUGUUGAUCUAUGUAACAUUUAUGGCUAUAGUCCUCUGUACUGGGCAAGUCAUAAAGGACAUACUGAUAUAGUAGAGUUACUGUUAGAGAAGAAUCCUAAUGUUAAUCUUUGUAACAAUUAUGGCUAUAGUCCUCUGUUAUUGGUAAGUCAUGAAGGACAUACUGACAUAGUAAAGUUACUGUUAGAGAAGAAUCCUAAUGUUGAUCUAUGUGACACGGAUGGCCGUAGUCCUCUGUACAUGGCAAGUCAGCAAGGACAUACUGAUAUAGUAAAGUUACUGUUAGAGAAAGAUCCUAAUGUUGAUCUAUGUCACAAGAAUGGCUAUAGUCCUCUGUACUGGGCAAGUUAUAAUGGAGAUACUGAUAUAGUAAAGUUACUGUUAGAGAAGAAUCCUAAUGUUGAUCUUUGUGACAAAGAAGGCUUUACACCACUGAUCAGGUCAUGUGUUGGUAACCACACCAGUAUAGUACAGUUAUUAAUGAAGUAUAAACCAAACAUUAAUGCCACGACCUAUGAUGGAGGUAAUGCUUUAUUAUUCAGUGCAAGGAAUGGAAACAUAGAGAUAACACAGUUACUGUUAGAGAACAAUGCUGACUGUAAUAUAUGUGGUCAUAGUAAACAAAAAAUAACAGAUACAUUAAAUAAUGAUUCAUACCCAACAUUAGAUGAAUAUAAACAAGAAUUAUUUGAUAGCUUUUUAGAGAAUAUGCCAUUAAAUGUAAAAGAUUAUAUCAGUAAUAAGUCAGUAGAUUAUGUCUUUGACGUGGAUGCUGGUUCUUCUCCAUUACAUAUAGCCUGUUUUAUGGGUAGGAUAGGUGCAGUCCGUUGUCUUCUGGACCACAAAGCUAACAUUAACAUGACAAAAGAAGAUGGAACAUCACCAUUAUUUAAUGCAUGUGAAGUAGGACAUAAGGAUAUUGUACGUUUAUUGUUAGAUGAUAAAAGAGCAGAUACACAGAUAUGUAGACUAGAUGGGAAAUCCCCUUUAAACAUUGCAGCAGAUAAUGGACAUACAUCUUUAGUCAGGAUGUUAACAAAACACGUGAAUUAGGAAACAAACUUUCUUCGUAACUCUUGUUCUAUAGUUUCUCUUUCUUUAUGACAUUUAAAAGGCAUGCAAUGAUGUUGGAAUGUUUUCUUUUAAAUUCUUGUACUUCACUGUUCUUUAGUCAGUGGUUUGUUAUGACAUGAAAAUCAAUUUGCAGAUGAGAAAAAAAACCCUUCUUUUUUAUUUUCCUGUUGAUUAGUCUUUGUUUUUUAUGUUUUAUAUUCAUUCCAUUACUUUCUCUUCGUUUCUAAUUUAGCUUUAUAUUGCAUGAAUAUUUCUUAAUUUUAUGACCAGGAAUAAAAGAAACAUUUAAGAUUUAAAUGCUGUAGAAUCAUUAUAUUGAUGCCAAUAAAUUAACCUGUACCACACUUAGUUAACAUUGAUAUCAUGACUUAAUUGUUUCCAAUUACUUCUUUCUUCUUGAUAAGUCAGGUCAUCAGCGAUAAGUUUUUGUCUUAAAUAUUUGAUUUUUAAGCCAAACAUUCCAUAUUGUAUGACUACUUUACCAUGAACACAAAUAUACCAUAUCAUGUUUACUGUUAUGUUAUUAUUGAUAUUACAUUUGUUGUGUCUAAAUGCAUAAUGUAGCAGGUCUCUUUUUGUGUCAUUUUAUGAUUUGUUUCAUUUUAGUACAUUGAUUCCGGUUAUUUUUUUUUACUGUACAUCGAUUACAAAAUAUGCAUUAACAGACUGUAUCAUUUAGAUAUUCUGCCAUACAGAAAAUAUCAAUUCAAUUUGUUAAACUUAACUUCAAUGGGCCAUUCCAGUUAAUUACUGACAGGUGGGGAUGGAUGGGGAGAUUUCACCCAUAAGAUGUAGAAAUUUUACACCCCUCAGAAAGAACUAUCCAUCCCCCAUUAUCAGAAUUCACUGGAAUGGCCCAAUGCAAUUAUCAAGAAAUGAUGUAUUAUGGGAGAGAAGCUUUCUAGUCUGUGUCAGCAUAAUUUGCUUGUAGUAAAUUUUUAUUCAUUUUAGAAAAGAUGGAUAUUUAUGUUGUAGAUCAACAUAUGUUCAAAACUUUUAAU